GGAGCUGGUCGCCGACGGGAGUGAAAGACCGAAGGAAAGACAGGAAGACGGAGAUUUUCUUCUUUUUUCGCCAUCGCUAUACGUUGUUCAGCUAAACAAAGACGAAAUCGGAGGAAGACGACGUUGUAAUAACGACGACGCUGAAAACAGUUCACAUGUCUGGCAGGCAGCUUCGGGCUAGACACGACUGCGCAUCCGAGCGCCUCAGUGGCGGAUGUUGAUGUGCUGCUGCGCGGCCGCUCGUCUCUCCUAUGAUUUCAUAUUCAGCUAUGAAAUAACUGUCAUCCGAAGUUGGCAGUGAGGUUCUUCACGUCUACUCUUACAAAGAACUUUUCUUCUUCUGCCUAAUCCUCAACAAUCCAAAGUUUUCAACCUCCCUUCACUCCAAGCCCACCUAUAGGAGGUCUCCUCUACCUUUACAUGCCCACUGCAAGCUCCCCACUUACCACAUUCCCUGCCAGCCCAUGACUUUGUAUCACUCACAGAAUCUCAGUACUCAGUCACCAGUUAUUCCACAACCCUGCCUUUCAGUCCAUUCUGCGUGUUAGUGGUACAGUACUCCACAGUCUCUCAUGGCUUCUCCAAAGUUAGCUGUGCCUGCCACAAGUACAACCUUGUCUUCAUCCUCCCGCUCUGCUGCUUCCUUCUGUGCUUCACAACACAUUAGUAGCCUUAACUCACUGCCUGAGGCCCCCACCAGCCCAAUGACAACUUCCCUGUGCCCAAGUACAAUUCCUGCAGCUCUGGUCAGUGCCCCUGUCAACAUUGCUGUAAUUCUGGAGGAGCUUCGUAUUUUGCAGCAAAGGCAGAUCCACCAGAUGCAGAUGACUGAAGAGAUCUGCCGGCAGGUAUUAAGGCUGGGAGAAGCAUCUUGCAACCUUGAUUCAGCUCCACUCAUUCUGUCUCCACUGCCAUUCUGUUUGGAAGGUUCGGAUCGCACAUCAAGAACUUCUCGACUUGAUCAAACACCUCCCCCCACCUCUGUGACCCCUCUGUUGGCGUGCUUCUCCACCCUGCUUCCUUCACAGUCUUCAACUAAACCCUCCAAACCUUCCCAAUCCCUGUCAAAUGACCUGCAUCCCCAUAAGCCCCUGCACGAUGAAACAGCAACCCCAGAGAAGCAGGCUAAUGCUACAAGUACUCACUCUUUUGUCUCAUCUUCAUCAUCUGCUGCUAUAAGCUAUCCACUUAGCCUCUCCUUUGGCUUACCUACCCACUACUCAUAUGAUAAGUCUUCUAAUACCAUAACAUCCGAUGCUCCUUCUGCUACUGCUGACUCAGAGGAGCCACAGCACUCAGCUCAAGGAAGUAGUGCAGCUUUGUCCUCAGGGCGUUUGCAGCAUGCUUGUCGGUUUUGCGGAAAACUGUUUAGUAGUGACUCCUCCCUGCAGAUACACCUUCGCUCUCACACAGGUGAAAGGCCCUACCAGUGCCCUGUGUGUCUUAGCCGCUUCACUACACGAGGAAACCUCAAGGUGCACUUCCUGAGACACCGUGAGCAAAACCCAGAGCUGUCAUUCUCCCUGUUGUCUCCCUCACUGUUUGUGUCUGGAUCAGGGGGAACGACUGGAGGAUCAGCACAAACUCAACUAGUUAGUUCUGCUAACACCAGUAUUCAGGACAGGCAGCAGAAACGCAGAGCAGAAGAUGAUCUGUGUAGUGUAAGUCUAGAUGUUUCUACUGCAAGGGGUGCACUGUCCACAGCCUUGCAACGCUCACCACCCUCAUCUCUGCCCCUGCCUCCCAGUAUAGAUUUGGCUCUGUUGACCACCGCUCGCUCCCUCUUGCAGCUCAAUUGUGUUGCUGCUGCUGCUGCUGCUGCUGCAGCAGCUGGUACCUCGAUAUCUUCUACUUCCUCAAACACCCCUUCCUUGUCUUCUUCCUCCCUCCUCUCCUCUCCCUCUUCAGCCUCUACACUUACUGGACUGUUUAAAGGAGCAAAGCAACAGCGCUUUGAUGAGAAUACUCCUCCAGUCCCUGACUUGCUCCCUCGUCACUUACCCAAAAUCCUCUUCCCAGCUGCAUCCUCCCACCACCAUCCUGCUUUUGGGCUCCUAAGAUCUUCAGCUUCAACAGUAUCCAACCCAUCAUCCGGCCAGCAACAAAUUACUUUCUCUUGUGCACCUUACCCCAAAGAUUCAGCCUCUUCUGCCUCUUCUCUGCCUACAUCCACCCCAACCUCAGACACCUCUAAGCUGCAGAAACUGGUGGAAAAGUUAGAAAAAGAGCCUCAAACAUAUUGCCAGUGGCUUCCCUCUUGCAGCGGGAGCUCUUCCAGCAGUUACAGUACAGUUGGAGCACUGAAAACUGCCAGUACAUCCACUACUUAUGUGGUAACUUCACCUCCAUUCUCCACAACAAACACUCCACCAUCCUCAUUCAGCAGGGAGAUGAUGGCAGCCCUUGGGAUGAAUGCUAAAGGAGAAAAUGAUUUUGUGGGGACUGUGAUGCCUAAUCUACACUUCAUGACUUCUGCUGGGUCACUCACCCCAAAUCAGUGCAGUGUAUGCCUCCGAGUGCUUAGUUGUCCCAGAGCACUUCGCCUUCAUCAGGCCACUCACCUAGGUGAACGUCCUUUCUCCUGCAAGUUGUGUGGUCGCUCCUUCUCAACCAAGGGCAGCUUGCGGGCACAUCUGGCUACACACCGAGCACGCCCACCAAACAAUCGCACACAGAAUUCCUGCCCUCUGUGUCAGAGAAAGUUCACCAAUGCUGUGGUGCUGCAGCACCACAUUCGGAUGCACCUGGGAGGACAUCUGCCUGCAGAGGGUAUUGGAGAUCAUCAGGCCUCAUCAGAGCUAUCUAAAACUCAGGUGCCUGACAACCCCAGUACUAUUUCAGCUAGGACACCCGGGACGGAUAAUUCCCAGGAGUGUAGUUCUUCUGUGAGUGCCCCAGAACCCCUUACUCUCAUUAAUUCAUCCUCAGGAAGUACCAAAAACAAAUUCAGUUCGGAAAUGAAUCUACCCUCUGACCUAAGCUCUGACCAGUCUCCAAACCACACUCUUCAAUCAACCUCAGCAGACACUGCUGAUCCUCCUGUCCUCUGUGCUAGUGUGUCCCCUCUAGCAGUCUCUGGUACCCCUAGCUCUCCACUAGCUCUUCAGUCAGUAGGAUCUUCAGUCAAAGUGGGAUCUCCUGCUAAUAAUGAAUAUUUGUUUGAACAUCCCAUUAAAACUGCUACUACAGAGGAUAAAACCAUCUCCCCUUGUUUGGCACAAGUUAGCCAAGUUGACCAUGCAGUCCAUGACAGAGAAACUCAUCUGGACAUCACUUCAUGUGAAUCAAAUUCAAACCUGGAGAAUUUGCUGAGUAUGCCCACUCACAACUCGUUAGCAUUUUCUCACCCUCUAAUAACCACACCACCCUCUUUGGUGGCAAUGAGCCCUGAAAACUGUUCUACUCACCCAAGAUCCCUGUCAGAGUCUGACCACGAUAUUGUCUGUGAGCCCAAAUCAUUUAACCCAGACCCAAACAAAGAAGGUGAUAGCCUACAAGACACAACAAGGACUGCCUCAAGGACAGUUUCUGAGGACAACAAUGCAGCAACAGUGGCAUAUACAGUGGAAAAGACAAGUGAGGGACCUGAAAAGAGUGCAGCAGAUUCAAAUCGUAUGCAUACAGUGGAGGCAAGGAAGGAUGCUCAUAGUAAUUUAACAGUUGAUGCGGUUGGUGUUAAAGAUGCUUCAGGUGCCGAAAAAGAGCAACCAGAACCAGUGGUAUCUACCUCUUUGGCUCCUUCUCUCCUUCUGUCUCGUCCAGACAAAAAAACCUACUGUUGCUCUGAAUGUGGCAAAGAGUAUGCAAGUCGCAGUGGCCUGAAGGGACACAUGAAGCAUCAUGGAGUUACCACUCAUGCCCCUGCAAGAUCAAGGGUUUCUGAAAGACAUCAGCCUGUGUCUUCACAAAAUCUGCCCAUCACUUCUUCUACACCUCCAGCAACUAGAGCAUCAGUCAGUUUCUUGAACCAGUAUCAAGCCCGCCACAGUAUCAGCCAUGUAAAUCCAAAAGAGAGCUCUUCUCCAGAUCGUACUGUGAGUAAUAAAGGAAAAGGGUCUGAGACAUCCUUGUCAGAGGAAAACUGAAACAGCCUAAAGCAUGAAGAACAGUGUAAACCUUGGCUGUGUGAAGAAACGGAAUGGAAUUUUGCAUUGUAGUAACAUGUAACCUGUGUAUGUAACCUUUUCACUUCGCUCUUCUGCUAGUGACUGAAUUCGUUUUUUAGUUUGUGUAGUGCCGAGUCUAUCUGGGACCUGACAAAGUGAAUGUCAAAUUUUACAUGUUAAACUAGUAAUGAAGAUGGGAUAUAAUUUUUUUAAUCAGUUUUAAAAUUCAGUCAUUUCCAGUUCCACCCGCUAGCCAGGUCUUCCACAUCACAGGGGACGAACCCUAUUUAGUAAAAAGUGAACCUAUUUGAACAGAUAGAUUGCCAUCUGUGCCGAGCUAAAACAGUGUAAUCUGAAACAUGUUAAGUAAACUUAAAAAAACUUUUUUUUUUGUCCAAUUCUGAUUUCUCUACAACCGAAUUGGACAAUUUUUUUGGCUGUUUUUCAAAAUAUAUUAUUUAUUUAUCUAUUUACCCAAAGCUCUUACUGUACUAAAUGAACGCUUAACUAAAUGAACAUAUAAAACAAACUAGCACAUUUCUAGUACUUUCUAUUGGCCACAUUUCCUGUAUAAAUAACAUUAUUGCUCUUUAACCAAACCAACAUUUGAAAUUCUUAAAUGAAAGAUUAUUCCAGAUAUAAAUCAAACCAAAAUAAUCAGAUUGAUUUUGUUAAACUUGAAAGUAGGAGUAUUACUGAGUCAGAAAUAUAUGGGGAUAUGCUAAAAUAUGGUGUCCAUGCACUGCUGUGACUCACCAUGUAAAUUAUCAUUUAAAAGUCAAAGCUGACUGUUUGGAUUUUUGUUGAAAUUUUUUUUGGACCACAUCAUA